UAACUUUCUCCCUAUCUCUAUAGGUCACAAUGUUGCGCCCCCUUCCAAUCCCACUGGUUUUGGCACUGGCCCUUACAGCCACACUGGUGAUAUCCCAGAACCUUACAGUUAAUGGACCAAGAUGCCCAGUGAACCAGCAGUGGUACCCAUGCAAGCCCUGCCCAAAGCUAUGUGGGGGCAAACACAAUAAUUGCCCCAAGAUCUUGGAAGCCGGCUGUUCCUGCAUUCCUGGAUUUGUGAAGCAGACUCGCGAAUCCACUGAGUGUAUCCCAGAAGAUAAAUGUAUCAACUGCAAAGAUCCGCAAACCUAUUCCCAGUGCUAUGGGCACUGCCCGCCUACCUGUGAGCCCUCGAUAUGCACUCAAGACUGCAGGCCGGGGUGUAUCUGCAAAGAAGGAUUUGUUUGGCUGAAUGAAAGAUGUGUCCCUCGCUCAGAGUGCCCUGCUAUACAGUGACGGGUAUGUCUGUGCCUGGGCGGGACUGUGCCAGAUGGAUUGUAACCAUGGGUUGGUUGGCAUGUUGCAAUAAAAUACAUGUAUUACUUAUGUAUUAA